AUGGCGCAAUCAAAGCUGAUCUUCGCCAUAAUUUUGGUCACCGUUUUGCUUUUUGUUGGUGGGUUUCUGAUCGGAUAUUUUACAGGUCCAGACAAUGGUAGCGACAGUGAUGAUGAACCAAAGAGAUCAGAGACAUCGCGUUUUAAAGCCCACAACAAGCUUUACGAAGUGCUGGACGCCGAGAGAAUCCGUCAAUAUUUGAGGUAUGAUGGUUCACUUAUAAACACUAUCGCGGCUUAUCAGAGUGAGAAAAUAAUGUAGAGAAAAAUCAAUACAACUCAGAGAUGUAGUUCAUUACUCAUCAGGUGAUCAAUACUUGUGAAGUUGACCAUUUGCGCUAUUACGUUGUACUAAACGCCCUCGCUGAAACACGCGGGAUGUUUUACACAUUAUGGCAAAAUCGCAAUGCACUACACCACAGUCAAUAAAAAAAGAUAUAUUUUUAUAUAUAUUUUGAAAAUAAAGUUUUCCGUGUUUCCGCUGGGUAGACUACUACUACUAGACAUCGUUGCAUGGCUUGAAGAGCUUUGUAAUGCUAAUCAAAUUCAGAUAUGUACAAUUCUGCACAAAUGAACAAUAUACGGUUGUUGACUUGUUGUGACAGUAUUGGCCUGUAAUCUUUGUUCUUACGUAAUCGAGUCCGUAUGGUAACAACAAUCUAUAAUCGGGCAUUUUCGUGAAACUAGACAAGCUGUCAACAUGAUAUAAACUUUGCCUCGUUCCCAGACGCUAUAAAAAGAUUCCACAUACGAGUCACUAUAUAAAAGGUUUACACGAAGCAGUGCAUCUCGAGCAGCACAGGAACCCUCACACCCCAUCCUCCUUUGCGCGCUUAUGACGCACUACUACAUGUAAACCUUUUAUAUGGUCACUCGUAUGUGAAAUCUUUUUAUAGUGCUUGUGUUAAUGCUCGGUCUCUAAGAAACAAAACAGCAGAUGUUGUUGACCAUGUUGUGAAUUCUAAUAUUGACAUUUGUGUUUUUACUGAAACCUGGCUGAAAGAUGUUGACUCGGUUACGAUUGCCGCUCUUUCUCCUAAUGGUUACUGUUUUCAAAAUUCGCCCAGAGAAAAUGAUAGAUCAGGCGGGGGAGUUGGAGUUAUGUACAAGAGUAUAAUGAGAACUAAGUUGAUGGACGCUAAUCAGUUCAGAUCGUUUGAAUUUUCUGAGUGGAAUGUAACAAUUCAAAAUCAAGUUAUUAAACUUGUUGGUGUGUAUCGUCCGCCAUCCUCUACUAACUAUCCUCAACCCGUGAGUUUGUUUUUUGAGGAAUUUUCUACCUACCUUGAAAGUAUUGUAAUAUCAACUGAGAGGUUACUUAUUUCAGGCGAUUUUAAUUUCCACGUAGAAUCUACUGACGAUACUAAUGUCAAAAGAUUCUGUGAGCUUUUGGAAACAUUUGGUUUAACCCAACAUGUUGCCUGUCCAACUCAUACUUCUGGACAUACUCUAGAUCUUAUAAUAUCUAGAUCAAUUAAUGAUGUGAUUAUAACUGAAUUAGAAUCUACGUUGGCUUUAUCUGAUCAUUCGUUCAUCGAGUGUAAUUUGAAUAUGCCUAAGCCAAAUUUUGUUGUUAAGGAACUUCGAUUCCGUCAGUUGAAAAGGAUAGACAUUCCCAUGUUCAAAAACGAUAUUUCCGGGUCUGAAUUAUGUGUCAAUUCCUUUUCGGAUAUUGAUGAGUUUACACGUUGUUAUGAUAUGACUUUGUUAAAUCUUCUUGAUAAACACGCUCCUCUUAAGACGAAAAAGAUGGUUAUGAGACCUGUUGUAUCUUGGUUCACUGAUGAUCUUAAAAAGCUUAAAGCUUAACGACGGAAAUGCGAAAGAAAAAUGCUUCAAUCUGGUUGUUCCCAUGAUAAAGAGCUUUAUUAUAAGACUAGAGAUAAAUACAGUGCUCUUCUUCGUAAAACAAAGACUAGCUAUUAUUCUGAUUUAAUUGACAAAUGCUCAGGCAAUUCUAAGAAAUUGUUUCGUGUUAUCAAUUCAUUGUCCAAACAGAAGUCAUCUGAAAGUUUACCACCUUAUGAGGAUCCGUUGAUUCUGGCGAACGAAUUUGGAACAUUUUUCGGUCGAAAGAUUGAACUUAUCAACGAUGAAAUUAAUAAGAUUGAUGUUAACCCAAUAACUACUGAACAUCGUUUACCUGAAGUAUUGCUUAAAUCCUUUUCUGCUGUGUCGCAAGAUGAUAUACGAGGAGUUAUUUCGAAAGCAUCAAAUGCCUCUUGUCAACUUGAUCCAAUACCAACUUAUUUGCUUAAGGAUUGUUGUGAUGUUCUAUGUCCGAUAAUUACAAAAAUGAUCAACAUGUCGCUGGAGAAAGGAAUAGUUCCUGAAAAUUGGAAAUUGGCACUUGUAGAUCCCCGUCUUAAGAAACUUGGUAUGGAUUUAGUGUUUGAAAAUUUUAGACCUGUUAAUAAUCUUCAUUUUCUUGCAAAGGUAGCUGAGAAAGUUGUCAUGUCGCAAUUAGUUAAUCAUUGUAACGAAAAUGCACCACUGCCUGUCAGUCAAUCAGCAUAUCGACAGUUCCAUUCAACUGAAACUGCGCUGCUCAAAGUGCAGAAUGACAUACUUAUUAAUAUGGACAACGAAGAGGUUACGUUGCUUGUUAUGCUCGACAUGAGUGCUGCCUUUGACACUAUAGACCAUAAUAUUCUUACUGAUAUCCUCAAGAAUGAUUUUGGAGUAGUGGACAGCGCACUUCAGUGGUUUAGAUCGUAUCUGGCUAAUAGAAAGCAGCAAGUUGUCAUUGAUCGGU